GAAUUUUCGCUCCCAUCUAGGUAGCUCUGGUAGCUCUGGUAGCCCCUCAGCCUGUGUUUUCAUGGCCCGCACUCUCCUCUUGAGCUUGCUGUUGGUGCUCAGCUCCGCCGAAACCGUGAACGAUUGCAUCGAAAGCAAAUGCCGCGGCUGUGGGGGUGAGCAAUGUCAGCUGUGCCGGGAGGACCAAAAGACCAUUUCUGCAUGCGUGUCGUCUUGCAUGGACAACAUUUGCAAGGGCUGUGGUGGUGAGCAAUGCCAGCUGUGCCGGGAAAAUGCCAAGACCAUCGAGUCCUGCUGUGCUGAACAGGUCCUGGCCUCCGUAACCGCGAACCUGGAGAUGUGCAAGGCAAAGGCACCUCAGAAUCCAUGUGAGGGUCUGUACCUUGGAUGA